AUGGAGGAUCACGAGGAUGUCGAGGAUCCCCAUGACCUAUCACUGUCGAGGAACCACAUCCUUCGGGCUUCGAUGGUCGACAACCUGGUGCUCUCCCUGGAUCAUUUCUCUGGCGGUGCAUUCGACGACGCGCCUUUUACCCCGCGCAGCAAUAGCUAUGACACCAGCACAAGAGUCCGGGGCCGGGGAAGAGGCCAUACAUUUUCUUCCUCGACCUCGUCGGAAAACGACGUCCAACACCUGAGGGCUGCGCCGCAGCUCCCUCAGACCAUGCCGCGAAUACCCCUACGAAGCAGCGUGCGAUACCAGAAAGAUCUGCAGAGGCUGCCUAGCAUAUUUGGUGAAGAUGAAGAGUCUACAAGGGCGAAGGUCUACGAUUCACAGAGGGCCAUGCAGCCGCGGCACCCGAGGAGGAGGAAGAAUGUGUCUGGUGGCGGCAAAAGCGAUCAUAGCAGUAACUCGUCAAGCAUCGAUCUUGGCCACUUGGCUAGCAUGACAGGUCGACUGGGAGGCCCUGGGAACCGACGGUCAAGGAGCUUCGACUUUGGCUCCAGACAACGAGAGGUACGCACCAGCAAACCCGGCGUCAAUGGCGAUGGUCAAGCACCCACCCCGGUGAUCUACCCUGGACCUGAGGCUCAGAAGGGUGAACCUCCCAGUCCCUUGGUCCGCAAGAACAGCACCAAAUCAUCCAAGAGUGCGUACGUGAAGAAAGGCCGGAUGCCGCCAACGGGGCCCAAUGCGACGAGAACGGACUCUGUGCCUCAGCUGCCUUCCAUGAAAAGCGUACCCAGCUUCCAUGCCACAGACCACAAGCCUAGCAUGGCCUCACUGAGCGAGCCCAUUGCAGCACCUAGACCCGGGUUUUUUCGUCGUGUCUUUGGAUCGAAGAACCCGACGGUCGAGCCCCAGUCAGUACACAAUGUUCUGACAAAAUCGUACCAUGGGCGCGCCACUCCAGUGCAAGAAGACAGCUCCCAUCAUCCCACCACACCGCCAGGCAAGAUGCACCGGCCCGUUCGUCGGACAUCCACCGAUGCCUCGGCGAACAAAGAGAACCAGCCAGUCCUUGCUAAAAAGUCUUCUGCCUUCUUCCGUAGGAGGAAGAAGUCGAUCUCUCACGCUGUGCCGCCACCUCUCCCUUUGACCUUGAAUGCAGAGGUGCCGGCGGAAACCCAGCCUGUCGACGGUACGAGCCCGGUUAGCAGCCUGAGAGCGUUUAUGGGACCGUAUCUGGCUGAUCCUCCGACGUCCGCAACAGGCCAUGGUCGACCUCAUGGCCAUGUCCGCACCAACUCUAUGCAGGGCUUCUAUACACCCACUCUAUCGCCGCCCGCGUUCGGCUUGCCGAGUCAAGCUGGGACACGCCCCAAGGCAGGUCACAGUCGAAACGAGUCUCACAGCAGCAACAGGAGCAACAAGACCUUGAGAUCCAACACCAAACCGACUUCCACUCUCCUCAUACCGCACCAAGACUCCUUUUUUGCGGACAGCAGCAGUGCUGAGGAGCCAAUGAAACGACCGUUCGAUACCCCAUCUGACCAUGAGCGACGUGAACUGCGCCUCAGACAUAGUGUGAACGAUCUCAAGCUUGAGCAAACAGCCUCCGCAACCUCACUGCCGAGCCCAUUGUCCAAUCCGAGAUCUGCGACCACGAGACAAGGAUCAUGGAUAUCUGACACGGUUUCGCCGACUUCAUCCUUUAUUGCACCGGCAUCUGCCCCAGCGGAUACGGAUCCAGGCCCUAAACCCUUCUCCGCUCGGCGGCAGAACACCCUGGAGAUCCCCCGAAAGCCCGUGAAAGGCUCGCCAUUUGUUUCAACAUCUGAUGUUGGGGAGGAAUACAGAUCGGCACCCAGCACGCCACUGAUCGUCGAAACCCCUGAUGGGGAACUCGCCAGGUCUCCGCCGUCUUUCAAUUCGAUGGCGCCGACUGAUUCUUUGAGCGAGGUCCCAGACUACAAAAGAAAAGCUCAAAAUAUAUACGAACAUACAGAUGAUGAAGUGGACCCAUCUGCCGCAGGAGCUUGGCUCGGAGACGCCGGUGUCGACAGAGGCUAUGUGCGAAAAGCGUUCAUGGAGCUUUUCGAUUGGAAAAAUCAGGAUAUUCUCGACUCGCUCCGAGGACUGUGUGACAAUAUCACUCUCAAGGGCGAGAGCCAAGUCAUUGACCGUGUCUUGACUGCUUUUGCCCAGCGAUGGUGUGAAUGCAACCCAUCGCACAAUUUCAAGUCCAGUGAUGUGGUGCAUUCUAUCGUGUAUGCGCUCUUAUUGCUCAACACGGAUCUCCACUUGGCGGACAUUGUACAGAAGAUGACGAAGGCUCAGUUCGUGCGCAACGCCAUGAACACAAUCAAGCGUGGAGUCCAGGAACUGGAAACCGAUCAGGGCUCGCGGGGCCCGAAACGUGCGAACUCAUCAUCCCAUGACGAUACAGCCAGUGCGUCUUCCGACUUGCAGCGUCCACCCGAUCAAUCAAGCCGUCCGGAACCGCCACCGCCUGAGUCUCACGAAUCUGCCACGGGUCUUGCAGCCAACAGAGUCUGGGAAAUGCAGAUAGAGUCGGUCCUGAAGUCUUUCUACAACUCCAUUUCCCAAGAGCCUUUGCCCCUUUCUGGCGCUCAAAUUGAGCCUAACGCCCAUCUCAACCUGUCCAACAACUUCUUGACGAUUGGGACCAACAUGCUGCGCCGUACCCCGAGCGUGCUCAGCAAAGCCCAUUCCGACACCAAUCGUGGCCGAUUUGCAGGCGAAAGCAAGUCCCUCGGCGCUCGGUUCGUAUCGAAGACAAGAUCCCGACCACGAUUACCUUCGGCUCCUGGCUUUAACUCUAGUAGAACCAGCAUCGACGAGUCCUCGGCUUGGAGUCCGUCAUUGUCGAGCACAUGGAGCAAAGUCUCGCUCGGAAAGACGCUCACGUCCAUGUCGGUGGAUUCCUUCGGCACCGAAGCUACCCAUGCCGACUACCAGUCCUCGAUCGGCUUUGCCAGCGCACUGAGCCAAGCCAUCAUUCGGGAAGACCAGUUGGAUCUGCCUAUCGAAGACGGACCGAAAGCAGGUUCGCUGCUCGAGGACGAGUCGCUGGAGCUCUGCGGCGCGCCGUGGGCCAAAGAAGGUAUCUUGAAGCACAAGUGUCACCUCGAGGGUGUCGAUAAGAGGUCGAAGGAUAGGAACUGGAACGACUGUUUUGCGGUCAUCGAGAAAGGAUACAUGAGACUUUUCUCGUUCUCUAUGACGGCCAAGUCUCUGCGCAAUAAGGCCCGAGCUCCGAAGCCGGCGGUGGUUGGUGGAGGCAACUGGCAGGACAAUGCCGAAGAGCUGUGGAAGUUCACUCUUCGACAUACCAUUGCCAGCUCACUGCCACCGCCCGGCUACUCCAAGGCCCGGCCGUAUGUCUGGGCGCUCAGCCUGCCGACAGGAGCUGUCCACCUGUUCUCCGUCGGCACUCCCGAUAUCGUCAAGGAGUUCGUGUCAACGGCCAACUUUUGGAGUGCUAGACUGUCCAAGGAGCCGAUGAUGGGUGGCAUUAGCAAUAUGGAGUACGGCUGGAGCGACAACGUCGUUAACCGGGCCCUGGCCUCGCCCGAAAUCAACGGCGGACGUGCUGGAGUGGUGAGUCCUCGGCCGAGUACGCAGAUGUCAAUGCGCAGCUCCAUGGACCACGUCGGUGGUGUACGGCCGAAGCUACCCGGGGAUAAGGUCCACAUUAGCGACUGGUCGCCGCCGCAACAGUCCAUGUUUGCUUCUCAGUUGAUGGAGGUGGACCAGCUUCGCGCGCUUCAGGCGUAUGUGACGAACGUGGAAGAGGAGUUGCAGAAGCACAAUGACCUGCGAAGUCUGAUGCUUCUCGCCUACACGGCCAAGCACCCCAACGCGAACAAAGCCAUGAACAACUGGGAGAAGAAAAGCAGUUACUUGCUGCGUGAGAUUGUCAAGUUCCGCACGUACAUUGACACGCUCCAAAACGCCCACGCCAUGAAGGAGAAGAUCUAUUGUAUGCGGAAAGAGGAGGAAGAGGCGCAAAGGGCCGAGGCGGACUCGAGGAUGAGGACCGAGGCGGCCAAUGCUCUGCUGGGGGUGUUCUGA